GAGGAGGAGGAGGAGAGGGAGGAGAGGUGGAUCGAGACAAAGAGCCUUAAAAAGCGGCGGCGAUAAGCGGAUGAUGAUGAUGGUGCGUACGACUUGCGGCUCGAUGCGCCCCCAGGCAGGCACGCGAGCUCUAGCUACUCCUAGCACAGUCGUAGUCCCCUCCCUAGGUACCUGUCGACGUCGUGAUGGCAAACCCGCGGCGUCGCCCGCCUACGUCACCAGGCGGCCAACCUUUCCCCCUUGUGCUCUCGCUCCGCUAUUCCCCCAUCUCUGGCCCCACGGCCCACCUCCCGCCGCCGAUAAUGCGAUCGUCCUGCCGGGAAAUCUGCUGCGUACGCGCACGAUCCAUCUACCGUGCUCUGCCGAGAGAUGGAAAGCUUUUCGCAGUUGGGGAAGAUGACGGGCUGAUGAGACGAUUAUUUGAUAUGAGGCUGGGACGAGUGGUUGUUGUGGUUGUAGGCCGAGCGAAAAGACUAGAUGUGCAGCGGUACACAAGAGGUUUUUCAAGAUCG